AUGCGCGAUCCCAGGAGCAAAGGGAUGGCACUCUCUGAACUUUGGCACUUGAACCACCCCGGUACGCACCAAAUCAGGAAAGCCCCCAGUCUCUUUCCUUUGCUCCCCAACGGCCUACACACACUCACUCAGGCACAAAGAUGCACGGCCACGCGGCACGUGGACACAGACACGCACACGCUGCCAGCGCAAACGCCAGGUCUCACGCAAAACGAACGUCAUAAUCAGAAUUUUGGACUCCGUCAUUUCCGGUGGAGACAUCUUGAGGUGUCGCAUCGCGAGACGGCGAGGCUGUGGGUGACGUCAACCGUCGUUUCUGAGUACUUUCUCCGGUUUCAGAGAGGACUUAAUGUGAAAAUGCCUCAGGAAGACUCAUCAUCAUCUGCAGCUGCUGCUGCCUCUCAGAAACAAGAACAACUUAAAAACGGAAAGUUGCUGGUUUUCUCUGUGGCUGCAGACCAUCACAACAAUGACUUGACUAAAGCCCCAACAACUCUGUCUAGUUUUGCCAGUAACAUGCUUGGCACUGGCUCUGUCAAGAAGUUGGCAAUCAAAAACUUUAAAGAUAAACCCCUGCCACUGGAAAACUACACUGAAGAAACAUGGCAAAAGUUAAAAGAAGCUGUACAGGCUAUCCAGAAUAGUAUCUCUGUUAAAUACAGCUUGGAAGAACUCUAUCAGAGCAUGAUUAGGAACAUUUUUCUGUUCCUAGAUAGAACUUAUGCGUUUCAAAUUUUGAUGUUGUCUUCAAUUUGGGAUAUGGGCCUUGAAUUAUUUAAAUCAUAUAUAAUUUGUGAUCAGAAUGUUCGUAGCAGGACCAUAGAUGGAAUUCUUGUGUUGAUUGCGAAAGAAAGAAAUGGCGAAAUGGUUGAUCGAUGUCUGAUUCAAAGGCUUGUAACUAUGCUUUCUGAUUUGCGGAUUUACCAAGAAUCUUUUGAGAGUAAAUUCUUAGAAGAAACAAGCAGGUUCUAUGCAGCAGAGGGAAGGAAGCUAGCGCAAAAAAAAGAGAUUCCUGGGUGUCUUUACCACAUCAAGAAGCUCCUAGAAGGAGAAGUAGACAGAGUUAGAACCUACCUAUGCCUUAACACACAGAAACAACUGAUCACUCUGCUAGAAAAGCAGCUUCUAGGUGAACACUUAUCAGCAGUUCUUCAGAAAGGCUUAAGCUUUCUUCUUGAUGAAAAUAGAAUUGAGGAUUUGUCUUUAGUCUACCAAGUAUUCAGUAGGAUAGAAUGUGGCUUUCAAGUUCUUCUCCAGCAUUGGAUUGAGUAUAUCAAGGUAUUUAUUUAAAGAAGAUGCUGCAUUAAGUAAUUUAGAUUAUUUAUGGCUAAUUUUUCCCCCUUUAAUAAUGUAUUGUUUUUAAUUUAGAACUUUCUAUCUUUAAGAAAUGUUUAACUUGAAAUUGAUGAAGAAUCUAUGCUCUAAGCCUUCUUGAAACUCUUACUUCUCUGUAUAUGUAAAGUCUUGCUCCCCCAAAUAAUACUUGCUUUUUGAAGGGGAAGAGUGGGGACAUUAUGUACUGGUGUAACAUUUUCUUUUAGUGCCUCACAUUUCUUUUACCACCUUAAAUUUCUACUCUUCUGUUUAAUAACAAGAAUUUGUUAUUGAAAAAGUCUGUAAGCAUAAAUUGUCUCAGAGAAACAGCGGGGAGAGAGUCCUCACCAGCCGAGUGUCCUCGUAAGUUCAAUGUUUUUCAGUGAGUAAUUAACUAAUGUUUUGUGAGUGGUAGACUAACAUGAAAUUUAUUAUUUUAACCAUUUAGA